GUGAUGUAUAGAUCUAAGCUGUUUUGUUCAAUGCAAUGAGGGUUAGCCCACCUGGAUCGACGGACACAGUUCUCACAUCUUCAUCAAGUACCCCAAACACGUUGAACAGCUAUAAUUCUGGAAUGAAUAGUUUACCUCCAUUUUCUGCAGCAAAAAACGGAGUACAGCAGGUCAGGACUGCUAGCCCGGUCACCUCUCAGCAGCAAGGGAUGCUUAAUGACUGGUCAACAGGUCUAAAUGAGGGGUAUGGGGCCCCAACCCCACAACAGCCGACCCUAGUUUUAAAUUCACAGUUGCCUAAAGCAUCCACACCUGUGGCAAAACAAUUAACGACUCUGACCACAGUAAAUAAAAUUCCACAACCAGGAAUGCAGCAAUCAAAUACUGGUUUGCAAAAUAAUUUAUUGAAUCCUACAUCGAAGGCUCAAGUUUCUACGACUCAGCCAAUGGUGACUGCGCGUCCUCAACAAGGUGGUGCAGUGCAACUAGCAUCUGGGAUAACUAUUCCUCCAGGUAUGGUUCUAGCAAGACAUCAGAAUGGACAGUUGCUCCUUGUGAGUAGUAAUUCGUUGUCAUCGUCAUCUACUACAAAUACAUCCACAGUUCCUGUAACUCAGACCGCGACAUCUGGGACUGUAACAACGUUGAAAAAUUCGACAACAGCAGGUGUUGGGACAUCAUCACCUCAACCCGCAAUAACUGCAACAACAGCUGGUCAGGUGGUAGCAAGAACAGUGGUUCCAGUUACAAAUUCAAUUAACCUUAAAGCUGUUGCUGCUAAGCAAACGGUUGCUGUCAGUAAAGUAUCUACCACAAGUCCAGCGACAACACCACAGAAUUCUCAAUCUAUAACGCUAUCUCAGGAAGAUGUAGUCAAUGUAUCAAAAUGUCGGAACUUUUUAACAACAUUAAUAAAACUGGCUUCGGCCGGUGGUCAAUCAAUGGAAACUGUCAGUAACGUUAAGAAACUCGUUCAAAAUUUAAUCGAUGAUAAAAUUGAGCCGGAAUUUUUCACUCAACAACUUCAAAUUGAAUUGCAUUCUGCACCGCAACCUUACCUUGUUCCAUUUUUAAAGCGAAGUCUCCCUUUGUUGCGACUUACUAUGAUGCAACAGAGCGGUGGUGGGUCAGGACAAGUCCCAUCGGCAAUCGCGGUGGCGGCUUUGAGGGCGUCUUCUGCCGCGACGUCAUCACCGUCACCCACGAAUGCAGCAGCUAAUUCUCCGAAACCAGUAACAACAGCACCUAAACGACCACCACCAAAGACUAAAGUUGUUGGAAAAAAGAAUUCUGUGCCCGAUAUCAGACUUCCGAGAGUAUCUACUUCACCCAAUCAAAUUUCCUAUCAAAGGCUCACUGCCAGUCCUAACGCAGUUGUGUGUCGAGCAUCACUUUCAAUGCCGCCUCCAUCUGCCGUAACAUCAUCACCUCGUACUUCCUCGCAAAAGUGGGCGUCGCCUUCAUCAGCAGGGGGAGGUGGUGGGGGAGGCACUUUCAAAGAUGAUGAUGACAUCAAUGACGUUGCUUCGAUGGCGGGUGUCAAUCUUUCAGAGGAAAGUGCUCGUAUCCUAGCAACGAAUUCCGGACUGGUUGGAUCGCAAAUUCGAUCUUGUUCUGAUACGACAAUCGUUAAUUCACAAGCUUUAAGAAGAAAGCUUACUGCAAUAGUUUCGAAAAACCCACACGUUCAUCAGAUCCAUCCCGAUGUGAUAAAUUUCACAGCGCGUGCAGUGGAAACCAGAAUUAAAGAUUUGAUAGAAAAGGUGUCGUUAGCAGCCUCUCAUCGAAUAUCAAACUUUAGGGAGACCGAUCAUUAUGAAGCAGCACAAGACGUUAAAUCCCAACUGAAAUUUGUUUUGCAACUUGAUCAGUUAGAAAAGAAACGACAUGCGCAGUCGGAGAGAGAAGUUUUAAUGAGAGCUAUGAAGAGUCGGUCAAAAAAUGAAGAUCCAGAACAAUUAAGAUUAAAGCAGCGUGCAAAAGAAAUGCAACAAUUGGAAAUGGAACGAAUGCAAAUUAGGAACGCAGAUGAGACGGCUUUAAAUGCAAUCGGUCCUAGGAAAAAGAAAGCGAAAAUUGAAUCUACUUUACACAGCGGGUUGUCAGAGUCCAAAGAUGUUUCAUCGCCACUUCGCUCGUCGUCGCUAAGGCCGAGGAUCAAGAGAGUCAAUGUUAAAGACUUAAUUUUUGUUUUGGAACAAGAAAAGGACACGAGCAGGUCAAAACUUCUGUACAAAUCAUACCUCAAAUAACGAUAACCAAUCUGGUGAACUAACGAUAGGUACAGCGAUGAGAAAAAAGCGGAUAUACGGACAUGAGUUCGGCAACAAGACUGCUUAGCGGAAUGUGACGUGGAAAGAUUUGCACUUAAAAGGGAAUGAACGUCGAAGAACAGGGUCAGUGUCCCCUGCUUUUGCUUGAUUGAUGAACGCCAUCCUGCGUUUUGAAUGUUGUAAUAAAAAAUACUGCUUUUUACAUUGAAUGAAAUUUUUCUCCUAUAAUUUUUUAAAGCGUUUCUCGUGUAUUUUCUCAUAAUACAGAUAGUCGGACCCUUGAUUUGAAGCAAUUUGCCAGAUCAUGAGUGUGAACUGGUAAUGGCUUGAUGGAAUUGAACAUGUUACAAUUCAUUUUUCUCUAUCAUGAUUUGGUCAGAUUUUUUUAGAAAUUGGGAAAUAUCUCCUUAUAAUAGAAUGUACGUUUAUAAAUUCCUUUUUUAUUCUUGAAGUUCCUAGACUGUUUGGUAUCAGGCAUUAAGAUUUUGUUGUUAAAAAAAUAUCUGAGGAAGGUA